AUGUUCUCGUUUCUUCACCUGGCAUCGACGGCAUAUUCCCUUCCCAAAUCGGCUUCCUUCCACGGUCGUCUUCCUAAGGGUUCCGGCAACUUGGCACCCAUGAAACGGCUAGAAAGCAAUCCUGAAUUCCUCCAAGGACGUGGUGGCCACCUCCUCUCCGUCAUCGGAAAACCUGUCUCCACGGACAACGUGGGUCAGAGGUUGACGAAGCUUCUCCUCAAUGUUACUAUCCAAGGGAGAUUGGGAACUAUUCAUGUGGUUAUGUCUCUGGACAACACGGUUGAAGAUUUAACAGAGAAUGUUUUACGUAUUUACUUGAGAGAGAAGAGAAGACCGUUAUUGCCUGAAACAGAUCCUCGGCGUUUCGGGCUUCAUUACUCGCAGUUUAGCUUGGAAAGAUUAAACCCCAAGGAGAAGUUGAGCAACUUGGGUUCUAGGAACUUCUUCUUGUGUCCAAAGGCAGACAUCUCUGUCAAUUCGUUGUGCUCGGACCAAGCAAAGAAGACGACUGUGCCAUCGUUUCCAUGUACAGCAUUCAUGGAUUUCGUGCUGUAG